AUGCGCGCAGUACCUCACGUCCUCGCCAUCCUGGCGCUUCUCGCCGCGUCCUCGUCCGGCCAGCUCGUGACGUGCACGGCCAAGGUGUGUGUCGCCAACAGCGACGCCCGCACGAACGACUUUUGCCUCAAAGCGUGCAACACGGAAGACGCCGCGAACGACUGCAGCAUGUUCUGCACUUGCGGCAGCACGUCGCCGGGCUACAUGUGCGCCAACGUCUGCCGCAAGGCCAAGACCUCGGACGAAUGCGGCACGCCCGUGUUCCAAAAGUGCCAGGCCGAUGCGUUGGUGUGCGACCGGUCGCCAGCAACAACGCCGGCGCCAACGACUGCUGCCGCCUCGACGCCGGCUCCUACGUCGGCCCCCACGACCGCGCCGACGACCGCGCCUACGACUGCGCCGACGACCGCGCCUACGACCGCGCCGGCGACUCCGAGCCCUUCGACUGCAGGGCCCUCUCCGUCCCCAUCGCCGAGCACAGCGGCUCCGACGACGGCGCCCACGAAUGCUCCGACGACGAACGCCCCUACAUCGACGCAAAGUAGCACCACGGCACCGGCGCCCACCACAGGUAGCUCGUCGACCCCGACGCCGACCGCCUCGACGCCGGCGCCGACGACGAAGGAUUCGGCGUCGCCGACCCCGGCCCCGUCUUCGAACGGAACGGCUGUUCCCGUCCGAACCUCUACACCCACCACACCGUCCGUGACGCCGACGAACGCUUCGACGCCGGCGACGACGGCACCGGUCCACAACAAUGGCACCGUGCUGCCUUCGACGACGGCAGCCGCCAAGACGUCGACCCCGAGUGCGCCGUCGAGCAAGUGCUCCAUGAUCAGUAUUGUUGCCGAUGCCACAUAUUGCAUCGAGGGCCCAGUGUGCGGUGGCGAGCAUGGUGGGUGCCCGAAGAAGGGCGAUGUGGCCACUGCCCACUGCCUCAAGGGCCUCGACAGCUACGUUAGCGCCGACAAGUGCGUCGCGCCAAUGGAUGCGACCUGCGAGACGAUCGCGCCCCAUGUCCGCGGCUGCGUCUUUGACAAGAAGAAGGCGGCGGCUGAAGCGAACGCGAAUGCGGCGUGCAUUCCGGUGAGCGUCGCAGGUGACGCCACGUACUGCGUGCCGGGGCCCAUCUGCGGCGGCAAUGGUAGCAAUUGCCCCAAGAAGGGUGACAAGGCGGCGAGCGACUGCGUCUCGGGGAUCCCGAGCUUCCACAGCGCGGGCUCGUGCGUCGCGCCGGCGGACGCGGUCUGCCAAAUGGUUGCGCGUGGCGUCAACGGCUGCGUCUUCCCGUAA